GUUUCACGUCGAAGACAACGUUUUAAUCGGCUGUUACAUCCUUAACACCAACCUAGUGAUUCAUCGAUCGCACAUUAUCAAGCAGAAUUGUUUGCUGACAAGGCGACAAGGGUUUCCGGUUUUGCGCUUUAUUUUUAUUACCUGCUAUUUGUGUUAUCAGUGUAGUGUGAUAUGUGGCAGAUUCCACAGUCUUUUGCUAUUAUGUAGAUAACAGGACUAGGAUCAAUACAUACUGGUGUAGAUUUUGUGAAUACAACCAGUGUACUUUGAUUAAAAAUCCCAUUCGAAGAAGUGAAGAAUGGUAAAAGAGUCAUUUGAUGAGUUAUACCAGCAUUUAGAUAGAAGUUCAAAUGUAUAAAUUAAAGUAGGUUGUAGAAGGCUGGCGGAUCGAAGCUAAUGGAGUUCGCAUUUCAUAAACACCCCAAGGACGUAAAGCAAAUGAUUGAAAAAAUAAACAAAAAAAGAAACUAGUUCAACAUCUAAUACAACUGACAUUGUAAUCGCUAUUGCCAGGUCGCAUGUUUCUGCACCCGGGUAGGUUGUUCUACAUUUGCAGUACAAUUUCAGUUGCAAUUUUAUAUCGUUAGCAUAUACAACGAACGAACGGCAACAUUAUGCACUAGAACCUACCUCCCACUCAACGCAGAUGAGCGGUGUACGUUUGGUUUGCAAUAAACAAAAAAAAGGCAUGCGCCUCCACUCCAAUCGCGGCACGAAGCAUCACGAUCGCGAUGUCGAAUGCCGAUUAAACGCAUGGUGGCGAACGCGACCAACUCAACGAAGCGAUGAUGGAUGAACCGUUGUUUGUAAGCACGUUUUGUCUGCGGUGCACAAGUGCACGGUGAGUCCACACCACAGUCGCCUUGCAAGCCGGUCGAAGCGGACCGACGGAAUGUUGCAGGUUUUAGUUAACGAUUGACCACGGGACGCGGAACAUUCGGUGAUGGUCGUGCUGCUGCCAGUUAGUCCCCACUCGACCACAUUCCAAUGGGCAGGAUAAAUCGUUGUCUCCGUAGUUAGCAAGACACGCUAAUACAUUGCCGAGGCCUUCACAUUAGUCGUGCGGUUCUGUCGCGCCAUUCGUAGUAGUUCUUGCUGUGCGAUUUAAGGCCGUUACCAGAGCUUCAGAUCGUUCGCUGUCCCAGGGUCAUUAGGCACAGACACCUGUCACCAAACAUCAGUACACGAUGGGCUGCAGUUCGUCAAAGGCGGUUCGCAAUUCGAACGAAUCCCUUGCCAAAGCAUCCAAAGUAACGUCGACGGUCACUAACGGCGGACCGGUUGUGCAGGAUGAUGAUUUCAUCGAAGCCGUCGUCUGCCAGGAGUCGGAGAUUGGCGAGAAUCAAAUGAAACAGGUUGAACUGGGCGAGGGCAAGGUGUUGCUGGUUCGCCAGAACGGAAAGCUGACCGCCAUCGGUAACAAAUGUUCGCACUAUGGAGCAAUGCUCGUUACCGGAGCGCUGGGCGAAGGACGCGUCCGCUGUCCAUGGCACGGAGCCUGCUUCAAUGUGGAGACGGGUGAUAUAGAAGACUUCCCGGGUAUGGAUUCGUUACCUUGCUACCGUGUAACCAUCGGUGAGGCGGGCGAUGUGAAGGUACGGGCAAAACGCACCGAAUUGGCCACAAACAAACGGGCACGCGUAAUGGCCAAACGAACGGAGCAAGACGAACGUACGUACGUCAUCAUUGGCGGUGGCCCAUCCGGUGCAACGUGUGCGGAAACUCUACGACAGGAAGGUUUCACAGGCCGCGUUGUGAUGAUUAACAAAGAACCGUGCCUACCCUACGAUCGUAUAAAGGUGAGCAAAACGAUGGACAUGAAUUUGGAAAAGUGCCUGUUGCGGACACAACAGUUCUACGACGAUAAUGACAUCGAGGUGAUGCUGGGCACCGCAGUGACCAAGCUGGACGGUGCCACACGUGAAAUUACGCUCGACAAUGGGUAUAAGAUUCGAUACGAUAAGGCUUACAUUGCGACCGGUUCGAAUCCACGGCGACCUCCAAUCGAGGGUGCGGAUUUGUCCAAUGUUUGCGUGCUACGAACGGCAGCCGAUGCGAAACAGGCUAACGAACAGCUUGGACCGGAAAAGAAGAUCGUCAUACUGGGCACGAGCUUUAUCGGGCUGGAAGCAGCUGCCUACUGCGUGAGCAAGGUGGCCAAGGUUACGGUCAUUGGGCGUGGAGCCGUCCCGCUGAAGGAAUCGUUCGGUGAUGCAAUUGGGAAACGGGUCAUGGAACUGUUCGAAGAGAAGGGUGUCGAGUUUGUGAUGAAUUCCGGUAUCCGGCGGUGUACCGGGGAGGCUGGGACGCUAAAACAAGUCGAGCUGACCGACGGAACGAUGCUUGAUGCGGAUGUGUGCAUUUUUGGCAUUGGAUCAACGCUGUACACCGAGUUUCUGGCAAACUCUGGCAUUACCCUGAAUCGCAACGGAUCGAUCAACACGGAUCAGUAUUUGGAGACGAACGUGGAGGGGGUGUAUGUUGGUGGAGACAUUGCCAAUGCCCCGGUCCACUCGAAUGAUGGCCAGCAGGCCACAAUAGGGCACUAUCCCCUAGCACAGUACCAUGGUCGCGUAGCGGCACUCAAUAUGGUUGGCGUGGCGACACCGCUCAAAGCGGUACCCUUUUUCUGGACGGUACUGUUCGGAAAGUCGUUCCGCUACUGUGGCUACGGCACUCCGGACGAGGUAAUCGUGGAAGGAGAUUUGGCCGCCUUGAAAUUCGUUGCAUUCUACAUUGGCAAAGGUGGUCGCGUGAUCGGUAUGUCAUCGUGCCAGCGCGACCCAGUGGUGGCCCAGUUCGCGGAGUAUUCAUCACAGGGCAAGGUUUUGCAUAAGGAUGACCUUACACCUAAUCCGUUCGGUUGGAUACCGGCAUAAUUCUAGGACAAUCAGUUACGUUCGCAGAAACACGCUAAUCUAUUUCAUCGUAACAUUAUUCACUAUUGAUAUACUAUGUUUGUUACCACAUAUACACGAGAGAGAAGCAAACGCUGCCUCAAAAAAGUAUUGUUGAUGUAAAAGCUUGUUGUACAAUAAAAGAAAACCCUUUUACAAUGGA